CAAAUCAAUCUAUCCUUCGCUCCCCCUUCCACCCGUUUACAUUCCUCACUUUGCUAUGGAAGCUCCGGCCGAUCUCCGACGCGCUGGCAAUAAAUCGCGAAAAACGAAAUCGGAACAAACUCUGGGGCGGCUUGCGGGUGGCGGGAGGCUUGCACAUGAUUCUCAAAUCCGAAUCUGGCACUGAAUCUCUGGAGGGGCGGGGGGUACGGCCUCUGUUUCAAGUCGAACGAGAUCCCAAACACAAACACACUAAUACACAGGCGCACACACACACUACCGCAAGUGCGUGCAAACAGCGCUCACCUUUUGCCUACCUGCUAAAAAUUAUUAUUGAACGGUGCUUAGAGCAGCCGCCAUGGCGUCACGGCCUCUCCCCCCCUUCUCUUUAAUUGACUCCACGAGGGUCGCACUCGUGCACACCCUGCCCUUUGUCUUUUGUCGUCGCUUAUCGACGGUUCUGUUUGCCAACGAUAAAGAAAAAGCCACAAAAAGUGGGCCUGCUCCUUGGGCGGCGACUGUAAAAUGGUAAAUGGUAAAUUGUGUUUGCAUACGUGUUCCGUGUGAUAUCGCAUUGCAAACCACAGUCGGAGUGGACUAAAAAAAAAAACAAACCAAGAAUAAAAAAUUAAAAUCCGAAAUAUCCACAUCAGAAUGCUGACACCUUCCGUUUCGCUGUUUUUAUCGAGUUGACUUAUUUUUACACGCUUUACAUUUUACAUUUUGCUUCGUUUUGUUUUUGCUCAGCGGAAGUCAAGUGCUCCCCCGAAAAACAAGGGUGUGGGCGAAGGUGAUAGGAGACAGACGGAGAGCAGAGAGAGAGAAAGAGAGACAAGUCGUCUGCUGAUAAAGACAGCAUCGAAUACGGGGUGAAACCCCGUCCCCAGUUGGAAUCGCGAAAUAUGAUUAAACAGAGGAACAUUUUUUUUGUUCAGUCCACAAAAGGAAGCAAAAAUGUUCCAUCUAAAAAGUUCUCGAACGCGAGCAACAGUCGCGGCUCAGUAUAUUGAAUUGUCAUCAUUGCUCAACAGUUGCGUCUGGGCAAACGUGUCUUGCUAGGUUUCAUCGAUUAGCUGCAACAGUUGCGGCUACAAUAACAUGUCCUUAAGCUAGUUUUCCUUCAAGAGCAUAAACAUGCCAUCGUGGUGUAGAAUUUCCAAUUCAGAUCUCUAUAUCCUUUCCGGAAUUGACAAAAUCUUGAAGGCUCGGAUGGGAAUUAAAAAAUGAGGGCAGCCAUCCGCAUGCUACUGCCUCUGUUGCUCCUUGUCCAUGUGUCCUGCAAAGUCCUGUUCAUAAACAGAGUUGAGCCUGCGCGCCCACUGGAUACGUGGGAGAAGGAUAUAUUGCAAGAUUCCAAGUACGUGGUGUCGAUUCGCACCGCCAAGCCCAUUCGGUUUUGGGGCGACAACCACUUCUGCGGCGGGUUCGUAAUAACGUCCACCUGGGUAAUAACCAGCGCUCGCUGCGUCUCCGUGAGGCCGCCCAGCAACUGCUGCUACCCCACCGAGCGAAGAAAUCUGAUGGUUGUGAUCGACACCCAAAAUCGCCUUGACAAGCCAUCCAGCGAGAAGCAGAUUGCCGUGAAGAAGGUUGUCCUGCAUCCCAAGUUCAAGGGAUUUCGCAAUGACCUGGCCAUGCUGAAGCUGAAGAGCUCUGUGCCCAAGUACCUGCACCAUAGCCAGUCAAAGCUGCCCAAUGAGGGUAUCGAAAAGAACAAAUCCUGCAUGGCGUUGGGCUGGGGCCGUAUGUACACCGACGGACCGAUGACGAACGAGAUGAUGGUGCUGAUGGUGUCGACGCAGCCCGAACACAAUUGCCAGCGAAGCUCCACCGCCCCCGAUCCGGGCAAAACCAUCUGCGUGGUCAGCCGUCAUGGAUACGGAAGCAGUUGCCAGGGGGAUCUGGGCACUCCGCUCUUCUGCGGCCAAACGCUCUACGGGGUGAUGGGACGGGGGGAAAAGUGCCAGGAAUACGGACCCAUGAUGUUCACCAGCAUCUACGAACACAUGAGCUUCAUCAUCAGUACCAUAGACGGCAGCAUGCCCCGUCGUAGCUCAGGGUCUCACCCUGACCCUAAUCCUGACCUUGUCAACUGUUGCCGGCCAUUGAUGAAGAUGUUAAUAAUGCUGCUGGGAGUGUGGGUUGCGCUGCUGGUUGGGUCAAGUGGGUGCAAUCGAUGUGGAUUUUAAUUGAAUCGAAUCGCUCUUUGUUCAGGGUUCAGUUCAGGGUGCCCAGCAGCACCUCGCACAGCCGUCGAAUCUACUUCCCCCCACCCCAUUCAUCAAUAGUUCAGGUAGAAAGUCGUGUAAUCGCUGAUCGAUCGCCAAGAGAGCAGAAAACCCAACCCCAGCCGCCCCUCGAGCACCUAGCAGCGCCUCCGCAGACGUCAAGUUUCGUUUUGUUUUCGCAUAUUUUUUUUGUUUGUUUGUUUCUUUCUUUCCCUUUUGGUU